AUGGAAGACGAUCAUGGCUCACAAGGCCCCGUGAUCGUUGGGAUAUGUGCUGCAUUUUCUGUAUUGACAUUCCUUGUCCUGUGUCUUCGACUAUUUGCCCGUAUUUAUGUACUUGGAAAAAUGGGCGUUGACGACUGUAAGUAUUUAUCAUUUGUGCACCCUGCAAGAUCUUUUCCUGAUCUCUACCUUACAGUUCUGACUAUUGGUGCUUGUUUACUCUCGUGGGCUUUCAUUGGCGCUACUAUAUCUGCUGUCCAUGAUGGACUCGGACAACACUUCGACUACGUUGACAAGAACAACCUCACUAGUUACUCUCUGAUGGUCUAUAUGAGCUCGAUAUUCUACCUAGCGUGUCUUGGAUUUAUCAAGACAUCCGUCCUAUGGUUCUACUCUCGUUUGGGAGACCGCACACUCACUCGACUUUCCUUUAUUAUGAUAGGAGUCAUCGUCACCCAGGCCGCGUCUUUUGUUCUCGUUGCCGCAUUCCAAUGUCAACCCAUCAGCAAGGCCUGGAAGCAAAGUGAGCCUGGAAAAUGUAUCAACAUCAAUAUUUUCUACCUGUGUAACGCUGCACUUAACAUCCUGACCGAUCUCAUGACCUACACUUUGCCCGUCGGAAUUCUCUUCAAGCUUCAAGUGCCGAAGAAACAGAAGGUUAUUUUGGGAGUUAUCCUUUGCCUAGGUCUCUUUGCUUGUGUCUCUUCGAUCAUUCGAAUUACUUAUAUCCCCAACAUGCUCAGUUCAGCUGAUUAUACUUACGCGAUCAGUGGAGCCAUGUACUGGUCCGUCAUCGAAACCAACGUCGGCAUCUUUGCCGCUUCCAUUCCUUCCUUUAAGGCCAUCGCCUCGCGCUUCUUGCCCCGCUUCAUUGGCGAGAGCAGCAACAAGGACAAGAAGUCUGGCCCUUGGUCAAGCAAAUCGGAUGUGCGGAAAAACUUUACCAAGUUCUCCAACAAAGAGCACAUCACCAUGCAAACAAUGCAAAGAAUAGAUAACACUGUUGUCGGUACUCAAAUCGAUGCUAUGAAUGAUAGCUCGAGUGAGGAGAGAAUCAUUGUUCCUGAUGGCAAGAUCUUUGCUCAGACGGAGAUUCAGACUACGUUCGAGAGUCAUGAUGAAGGUGCCCUUGAGCCAACGUAUUCGUCAAGCCGCAUGUUUUAA